UGUGGUCAUGGCUCGAGCCAAACGGGCGCCCAAUAGUUAUGUGACUCGCCCUCCAUACAGUUAGCAUUUAGCUAGCUCUGAAGUGUUAGGCUAAAAGAGAGGCGGUUACGGUAGGGAAAGGGUAAUGGUAAGGGUUACAUCUUGUUAUUUAUAAGGUUAAUCAUGUCUUCAUGUAUAGUGAAAUUGUAUUUAUAGUGAAAGUGGAUUCCUGCUACCUUGGCCUCAUAUUUAUAGAAAUAUAUUUGAUAAUGAUUAUCUGAGAUGUGGCUAACACCUCUUUAUGUAGCUAUAUGUUAGCUAACCUAGCUAGCUAGCGUUUUGCUAAUAUAAGCUAACUUUAGAUGUGACCACAACUUAAUGUGUCUGUUCAGAUUGUGACAGUCCUUUUGAAUGGGUUUUUGGUUCGAGUCCUGAAAUAAGGUCUGUGGUUUACACAAGCUUAAGAGAGUUUUAUUCUACAACAUAAAAUACGUCAGUAAAUAAAUACCCAACACAUGAAUUUUGAAGCAUUUGAGUGACUUAAAAAAAUUGCGGUUUCAAAAAAAGUGGAUAAAUUUAGCAACUUUUCAGGCCCUCUUAGCAACUGUUUUUUAAAAGGCAACUAGCGACAAAGCUAUCACCGAGAAUUAAGAAUUAUACUGUAAUUCAUUCUCAUGCAUUGGGGGUGGUUCCUGCGGUGGAGACACGCACCAACGGCCCCAGCCCCAUAAAAUUACCCCGAAGUUCCUGCGGUGGAAAUGGGCCUUAAUAUUCGUAGUGGCCAAACACUGUAAAUCAGGCCCCCAGGAAAGCAGCUCAGCCUUGCAGCCAUUUUUUCCCAGUGGCCACUCGCGGUAUUGCAGAAAUUAAAAAAAAAAAAAAAAACCUGCAGCCCAUAAAGCUUUUCUCCAUAGACCACUAUUAUAAAAAAAGAUAGCUGUAAAACUGUUGACAGGACACCUCGAACUGCAAACAAGGUCAAUUAUGACUAUUAGCCAUAGUGGUUUUAUAUUUGUAAAAAAUCCUCAAGCUGAGAAAAGCAAUUUAAACUCUGUGACGUCAUCCCAAUGUAAAGUCUAUGAGCAAAGCAGGAAGUUGCGGGCGAAGCCAGUGGAAGAAAUACUUAUGUGCAUAUUCAAUGAUCCACAUACUGCACAAGUAAACCUGGAGGCUAGAAAACUUUUUUGGAGUAUGCGCCAGACGAGCAGCUCCAUUGGAAUGAAUAGGCGCCAUCUUGGGGUCUCGUUUCUAAUUAUUAUUAAAAUUUAUGCUAUGAUUACACUGUCACAAGGUGCCUUGUCACCCCCCCCCCCCCCCCCAAAAAAAAAAUUUCCCAUUUACUUACCUGACGUCCAUAAAUCAAUAUGUUGUGGCCAUUUGUUCAAAGGGCAAAAAAGACAAAAAUAAGAGCUCCUUCAAAAAAUAUCAAAAUUUAAGAAAAUUCAAAAUCCACUCACAAAGGGCCACAAAUGCACCAGGUUAGUUAGGCUUACUCAGGCAGUCAAAGAAUUCAUUUUCCAGGCCAGUAGCUCCGUUCAGAAGGUUUAUUUUCAGCUUUCAACAGCAAACAAACAUGUUCAAAAACCAUGCUGCCUCUCUGCUUUGUCCUGCUGGUAAAAAACCAUUUCCCCUUCCCGGUGCAUCACCUGCCUCUAACACCUGGCUACCUAUAUCCCCUACUGUCUGGUGCCCCUAGUGUUUACCCACAAAAAUAAAUAAAUAAAAAUAAAACAACACAAAACAAAAAUAAUAAACUAAUCAAACUAAUGACAUAGCUCCUUCACAGUAGAUACAUUUUUUUGGAGCGUCACAAAAACCUGCAAAGAUUAAAUUAUUUCAUCCCUUUAAACGUAAGUAGAGCACUAAACCAGAAGUUAGUGGUUUGACUGUCGGAAGUUAGAUGCUCGACUACACUUGGCUACUGUAAGUCUCCAGUGCACCCGCUCUAUGGGCUGCGCAGAGCGGAAGUAGUGCUAAUAAUCCCUGUAUCAUCCAGGUAAUUUUUAUACGCUGCAGUUGAUCCAUUUUGGCUUCAUGUGACACUGCGCAACUUUCAUAGGAAUGAACAGGGCCCCGCGUUCAAUGCCGCAUCCAGUUCUCUUCAAACAUCCACGGAACAGAUGAGGAGGCGGUGCUUGCCGUUGUAAUGAGUUUCUAUGGUUACAUUGGCGCUCUCACUCUCUGGAUUUAAAAGCUUGAGAAAGUGUACUACAGCAUAACCACCAUAGCUCUCGUGCCAUUCAAAUGUUUUGUUGAAGAAUUUUCUAUUGUAUCUAAUUAAGUGAAGUUUUAAUGCCUUUACUAAUGUGCGAUGACAUUGCUAAUAUGCAGAUGAGCACAUGACGCCAUCUGGUGACUUUUUAGUAAGUUUUCAAGCUAUUGCUAGCUACUUUCAUGGGAAAAGAGUUGGCAACACUGGAGGGGAGCAGGGAGAUCUAGGCAGUAGUUAGAUAGAGGGAUGUUUACCACAGUUCAUUAAUUUACACAUACUACCCACAUUGUUAUGAUACAAAGCUGGUUGAAAAUGAUCGAAGUAUCCCUUUAAGUAAAAUCUCUGAUUGCUUCUUCUUCUGCUGCUAAUGUGUUUGUCAUAUCAACUUAAAAGUAAAUGUAAGUGUUAUGUUCAUUGUUUGUUUGUGCUGCUCCCAAAGUGGCCAAAAAAUCAGUUAUUGAAGAUUUAACACAAAAAACUAAAGUUUACACCUUCAUCAGUUGUUUUAAAAUGAUGCACCUGAUACAGAACUAAAAGAUGUGGUAUCACUAAACAAAGCACGUGUUGUGCUGACACCCCUCAUCCUUAUCUCUCAACAACACAGUGUUAAUAAUUUUAUGAGCAUCUUCUGAUUGCCAACAGUCUUGGGAGUAUAAACAAUCACAGGAAGGUGGAGCAUUAGAGUAGAAAAAAAGGAUGUGCGUAUGUCCUUUAUGGAUCAUCCUAAGACGGUCUCUUAUACAUAAGUGUACAUUCACCAGACCACCCAGUGCAGGCUGUGGUCCACCAGUGGAACAAGUGGCACAGGGUAGACAGGCUGUUUAUAUUUUUCCCAAGUCAAUAUGUCAGGGACAGAAACCAAGACAGAGGUGUUCACCAUAACUGAGACGGGAGAGCUGGCAGCUGUUGGAGGCGACACAAACAAGAAGAGGCACUUCUUUGAGAAGUAUGCGCAGCCCUGCCUGGCUGAGCUGUUUGGGACGAGUCUGUUUGUGUUCGUGGGCUGUGCGUCUGUUAUUGGGAAUGUGGAUGCAAGUGGUGUCAUCCAGCCUGCUGUGGCACAUGGACUGGCUCUGGGAGUGCUGAUCAUGGUGUUGGGGCAAAUUAGUGGGGGGCACUUUAACCCUGCGGUGUCUCUGAGCGUCUACCUGUGCGGAGGGAUGGAGCUUCCCCUGCUGGUGCCUUAUGUCAUGGCUCAGAUGUUAGGAGGGAUGGUCGGUGCUGGUUUGACCAAGGCAAUCUACCCCUCUGCUGUGUAUGCUGCUUCCCUCGGAGGAGCCUUUGAACUCGCCAACAACGAUCUGGCUAAAACCACUCUAGCAGAGAUGACGAUGACCCUGUUCCUCACCACGGUGGUGUGCAUGGGGGCCGUCAACAGCCAAACCCGCUCACCGUGGGCUGGUUUCUGCAUCGGCCUCACCGUCACAGCCAACAUAUUUGCUGGAGGGACGGUGUCUGGGGCCUGUAUGAACCCUGCCCGAGCCUUCGGCCCUGCAGCGGUCGCCAACCACUGGAACCAUCACUGGAUCUACUGGGUUGGACCCAUUUGUGGUGCGCUGCUCACUGUCAGCUUCACCAGGUUGCUGUUCGGUGACCAGAAGACCCGCGUUGUGUUGAAGUGAAAGUGUAAUUUAUUAAAGAGGAAGACAGAGAGGACUUCAAGACUGACUCGAGGACAGCGUUUCCAUUUGUUCGUUCAUGCAUUACUCAAGAAUCAAACUGUAAUAUUUAAAUUUGUCAGCAAAAUGUGUGCAAAGGUAUUUGUCCUUGACCUGGCUGUUAUUGUUGGCACCGACUUAGUGACAUGUUUGUAUUUCAAGAUUCAAUAAAGUGUUUGAUGAUGUGAUAGGGAUCUGAUAGCUACUCCUUAAUUGGACCUUACAUGCUCGAUUACUGCUGGAAAAAAGUUGAGAGACAUUUCAUAAUAAAUUCCAUAC